AUGAUCACAUAUUUCCGCAAUCUCGGUGUGACAGGUGUGACCUUAGCACUGGGUGACACUGGUCUUGACACUGUCACACUGCGUCAUCAAAACUUAACAGGAAUAGAACUGCCUCUGUGUGGAGAAGUGAGAGUCAGAGGUCUUCACACUGAGACCGGACCUGGUGUGUGGAUGAUGUGUCUAACAGCCACCCGGAUGGCCACGUGUGUUAUUCUCGCUGCACUUACCUGUGGUCUGGUCAGUGUCUGUCAGAGCGCACAGACUACCCGGACUAAACCAUGUUCUCAAUCAGCGACUUGUGGUAAAGGGUAUUGUUGUGUUGCCCUCAACCAACCCAGGGGUAAGAGAGGGGCAGAGAGUACCCCUCUAGGCACCUGUCGACCUCUAGGAAAGACCUCCAAUAGUUGUCUGGUGAGUAGCGGCCCCUACGACCCCACUCGCCUCUACUACGCAUGUCCGUGCGCCGGCGGCCUCGUGUGCAAAGGAACUGGGUUAAUCGAAGUCCCGCUUGGAGAAAGAGGUAUCUGCGAGUCUACAUCCUCGACACCAGCAGCUUAUGACAACUGAUCCCGUGUGUCACUCGAACUGUGAUGGCGUCCACGGCAGUCCUGCAAGUCCACUACAUGUCCUUUGCUCACUGUUCGUGCACCGAUGAUGUGGCGAUGUUGCUGUCAGUAGCUGGACAAACAAAUCAUUAAAAGAUCAAACAAGC